AUUUUAGGUAAAUCCCAAAAGUGCUCGAUAUCAUCUAACACCAUUCUCAGUUUUCCAAAUCAUGAUCAAGUUACAGAGAGCCCAAGGUGCAUCUAGUUUAUGGAAGGGCAUUGGUAGUAAAUUUGUAGUGCAAGGAAUAUCUAUGUGUAGUGAGUCCUUCAUCAGUGAAGUCACAUGGUUCCCCCAGGAAGUAACUAAACACAGUAAACCUAAACAACUUGUAGGACAUCUAGCAUUGAAAUCACUUACAUUACUUGUGUCCAUGCCAUUCUUCUCUGCUAGUCUUAUUGAAUCUGUGCAGAGUGAUAUUGCUAGUGAGAAACCUGGCGUGUUGGACUGUGUAAAGGAAGGAUUCUCUAGAAUGCUGGGAUGGGGCAUGCCACAAACAAGAAGACUUCUACCAAUGUGGACGUUAGUCAUACCUACCGUGUUGCAUGGAUUACUGCACUAUAUAAUAUCAUCAUUAGUACAACAACUGGUCUCGGCAAUAAUGAACUAUGCAUACAAACACAGGACAUCCCAUCUUCCGGCGAACGAACCACCCCCGCCAAAAACAAUGGUUGAAGCUUAUUACCCAGAAUUGUUUGCUAGUUUUAUGGGUCACCUUAUAGCGGAUGUCGCCGUGUACCCACUGGAAACUGUAGUGUAUAGACUACACAUACAAGGAACAAGAACCAUAAUAGACAACAUGGACUUUGGUACAGAAGUUGUACCCUUAGAUACCCGUUAUGAAGGGUUACACGAUUGCUUUCAUAAUAUUAAAGCAACUGAAGGAAGACUGGGCUUCUAUAAAGGUCUUGGUGCCUUGAUAAUUCAAUAUACUUUACAUUUUAUCAUUUUGAAAGUCACCAAAGCUGUUUUCAUUCGUUUAUCAGAAGAUUUUGGCUACAAGAAACAACGAUAGUAUUCAGUUUACUGUGACUGAGUGAAGUACGUAAUGAAUUCAUGCUCCCAUAAUAAACUGCAGAACUUAAUUAUAGCAUUGUAUAUAUAAUCAUAGCACAGGUAUGUUGAAGAAAGAAUGUUCAUUUUAUCCUUUUAUUUACUCUAGUGUUUACAUCAUCUUUCAGAUAGCUAGAUGUUAAGGCAUCCUACAUUACACUUAGGCAUUUUAAUCCAGAGUCGCUUAAAAUGCAGCAAAUUCAAUUUCUGUGUUUGGUGCUAAAAUAGAAAAUGUUUCAGACAAGAAAUUGUAAUAUGAAGUUGAAUUUAUUAUUUAAUACAAUGUAGUAAAUAAUCUGUGUAAUUAUCUUGUAACAAUACAACACUAGAUAUUCACCUUUGUAGCGCUGAUCAAACUGUAUCUGGUCUUGUAUAUUUCUUAUGGCCACUGUCAUUCUAUUAACUAAUGGGCACAUUCCUAUGCAUGUUGAACACUGAGCAGUGCCAUGCCACACUCCUUACUGCACUAUUAUCAUGCUUUUUGUGACUUAUUUCAAUAAUUAUAAAUUUUUAGAAAUGUAUAAUGUUUAAAUUAAUUUGACAAUAUUCAGGAAAUAAACAGAAGUGUUUGGU